AAGUUCUGUUAGCAUCGAGAUCUUCCCCAACCCGAGACUUCCAUUUUCUCUACCUCUCUCAUUUGCAGAAACGUCGGCUUUAAAAACCUCCGCAUCCGUUUCUCCGUCGUCCCGUUACAGCUUUCGGAAUUACAUAGAAUAAGCAAAGACUCGUUGAGAAAUGGCGAAGCGGUUGAUUCCAACUCUUAACCGUGUUUUGGUUGAGAAGAUUCUUGCUCCUUCGAAAACUACCUCCGGCAUUCUCCUGCCGGAGAAAUCUACACAGCUGAAUUCAGGGAAAGUGAUAGCCGUCGGGCCAGGAGCGAGAGGCAGAGAUGGGAAGACGAUUCCAGUUUCGGUGAAGGAAGGAGAUACAGUUCUAUUGCCUGAGUUCGGUGGUACUCAAGUGAAGCUCGGAGAGAAAGAGUUCCUUUUGUACAGGGACGAAGAUAUCAUGGGCACUCUUCACGAUUGAUCUUGUUUGAGGAAAGAAAGAUUGUGUUUUCAGAACUUUAGCUCUCGAUUAUUAAAACAAUUUCAGUUUUAUUGAUUACUCUCUUCGUUCUCUUUCUAUGCUUAGCUUCUGUAAGAUCGUACGUUCCCAUUUGUCAACAAAGAUCAAUACUUUUAAUGGAAAUCUUAUCGGAGUCAUAUGUGUUUA